GGCGGAGGGGUCGAUGGUGGCGCCGGGGCGGGCUGGCAGUCACACCAUCCCCCAGAAGUGGUGGAUUGACAUUCCUUCUCUGGAGCAUGCUUGCACUUGCUGAAACUCGACACUCGACCUCUAAAGGAGGCUGAGCUCUGCAGGAGCCGACUGACCGGGCAACGAUGCCUGUGGUGUGGCCAACACUUCUGGACCUCAGCCGGGAUGAAUGCAAGAGGGUCCUCCGGAAACUGGAACUGGAAGCCUACGCUGGAGUGAUCAGUGCCUUGCGGGCCCAGGGAGAUCUGACGAAGGAGAAGCGGGACCUUCUGGGAGAACUUUCCAGAGUGCUGAGCAUUUCGACGGAAAGACACCGGGCGGAAGUUCGGAGGGCGGUCAACGAUGAACGCUUGACAACGAUUGCACAUAACAUGUCCGGGCCGAACAGCUCUUCCGAGUGGUCCAUCGAAGGCCGUCGGCUGGUUCCUCUGAUGCCCCGGUUGGUUCCUCAAACAGCCUUCACGGUCACAGCCAACGCGGUGGCCAACGCAGCUCUCCAGCAUAACACGUCUCUGCCUUCCCCUGCAGAAACAGGAAGCAAAGAAGGUGAGGUAGUGGUUUGUUACUCCUACACAACUACCACCUCUACGCCGACGUCCACCCCGGUACCAAGCGGUAGCAUUGCGACGGUUAAAUCCCCCAGACCUGCCAGCCCAGCUUCCAACGUGGUCGUUCUCCCAAGUGGAAGUGCUGUUUACGUUAAAAGCGUGACUUGUUCGGACGAGGACGAGAAACCCCGCAAGAGGCGCCGUACCAACUCCUCAAGCUCUUCCCCUGUGCUCCUGAAAGAGGUCCCCAAGGCCAUCCCCCCGGUCACCAAGACCAUCACGGUGCCCGUAGGAGGCAGCCCUAAGAUGAGCAGCAUCAUGCAGAGCAUUGCCAACUCCUUGCCACCCCACAUGUCUCCCGUGAAGAUCACCUUCACCAAACCUUCCUCCACGCAGACCACCAACACCACCACCCAGAAGGUAAUCAUCGUGACCACAUCACCCAGCUCCACAUUUGUCCCCAACAUCCUGUCAAAAUCUCACAACUACGCAGCUGUCACCAAACUCGUCCCGACAUCGGUGAUAGCAUCCACCACCCAGAAGCAGCCCAUGGUCAUAACGGCUUCACAGUCCUCUCUAGUUAACAACAGCACCACCACCGCCACCACCACUAGCUCCUCCACCGGGAGCUGUUCCACGCCGUCUUCCAUGCCCAGCACAGUUGCGGUGACCACCGUAGUGUCCUCAACACCCUCUGUGGUUAUGUCAUCCAUUGCACAGGGUAAGAUGCCGGCUGAUUUGAGUAAGAAUGGAAGGUCCUAGAACAGGGGUAGGCAACCUUGGCCCUUUUAUGACUCGUGGACUUCAACACCCAGAAUUCCUGAGCCAGCAUGGCUCAGCUUGGAAACCUCUCCCUUUCCCC